AUGACACCACACGAGUUGGUCCUAAAAGUUAACAACCCAGUAAUCUUGCUGAGGAAUAUUGAUCCUGCCGAUGGCCUAUGCAAUGGCACACGUCUCAUAUGCAAGUAUUUCAGAAGAAAUGUUAUUGUUUGUUCAAUAGCAAUUGGUCAUCGUAAAGGAGAGCUUGUAUUCAUCCAUCGUGUGAACCUUCGGCCUCCAUCAUCAACAAAAUAUCCGAUUCAGUUUGAGCGAAUCCGAUUUCCUCUAAAACUCAGUUUUGCAAUGAUUAUCAACAAAUUUCAAGGACAAACACUAAGCCAAGUCAUGGUUUAUCUCCCACAACCAUGCUUCUCACAUGGUCAAUUGUAUGUUGCAUUGUCAAGGGCUAAGAAAUUGGAAAAAGUGACUGUGAUCACACCCCAGCCUACUGAAAUUCACAGCACACCAGUUCUGAAAAACAUUGUGGCUUAUGAUGUCUUGCGACUAUCUGGCAUAACAUGA